GAAAACCAAGAAAGAAAAUUUGUGUCCCCUCUAUAAUUUCGAAAGCCGAGGUCAAUAAUUUUGACCAGACUGCAUAGAUCCCUCAUAAUUUUUUCAUCCUUUAUCUACAGCCCAAGCACCUCGCAUUUUCUUUUGACAAAACUUUGCCUUUCUUCUCUUUCUCUCUGUUCGAUGGUGUGGUUUCAGUGAUCAUGGCCGUAGAGCUCGUGAUGGGUUACAGGAACGAUGGUUUUUCAAUAACUAGUAAAAUGGAAGAAAACGCAGUCCAAGAAGCGGCUUCAGGGCUCGAGAGUGUUAACAAGCUAAUUAGAUUAUUGUCACAGAAAAAUCAACAAAAUCUUCAUCAAUCUUCAACUUCUACCUCAAGAACUUCCAUGGAUAUGGAAAUAGACUGCAAGGCUGUUGCCGAUGCGGCCGUUUCUAAGUUCAAGAAAGUCAUUUCUCUUCUGGGUCGUAACAGAACUGGUCAUGCUCGGUUUAGAAGAGCUCCUGUUUCUACUCCUCCAAUUAACCAAAGACAAGAACUAAGUUAUCAAGUUCCUGAAGCUAACACUAAGGUUUAUUAUGCCACACCAAUCCAGCAGAUUCCUCCUCCAGUUCUCAACCAAAAUCACUAUCCUAUUCUUGUUCCAAAGAAUGGGGUGAUGGAGAGGAAAGAUUCGGCAACAACUACUAUAAAUUUCUCUUAUUCUUCAGCUGGGAACUCUUUUGUUUCUUCAUUGACUGGUGAUACUGAUAGCAAACAGCCAUCAUCUUCAUCAGCUUUUCAGUUUACAAACGUUUCUCAGGUUUCUUCAGCUGGAAAGCCUCCUUUAUCUACAUCUUCUUUGAAAAGAAAGUGUAGCUCUGAAAAUCUGGAUUCUGCUGGCAAGUGUGGCUCUCCUGGUCGCUGCCAUUGCUCCAAGAAAAGCAGAAAGAUGAGAUUGAAAAGAGUGGUGAGGGUUCCAGCAAUCAGUUUGAAGAUGUCUGAUAUUCCACCUGAUGACUACUCAUGGAGAAAGUACGGUCAAAAGCCCAUUAAAGGGUCUCCACAUCCAAGAGGUUACUACAAGUGCAGCAGCGUAAGAGGAUGUCCAGCUCGUAAGCAUGUGGAGAGAGCUUUAGAUGAUCCAUCAAUGCUAGUAGUUACCUAUGAAGGAGAGCACAACCACACUAUCUCUGUUGCAGAGACAUCCAAUCUCAUCUUAGAAUCCUCUUAACUAGAUGAUCCCUACCCAACAACAAGCCAACGAAAGAAGUGCCAACAAACAGCACUUCUAAAUGGUAUGAUCAGCAGUGGCUAGCAAACUGUGGAAUCAAUCAGAUGAUCAACUCGGCUUUUUUCUCAAAGGAGAUUAGUGGGUCAGUUCAUUUGUUCAUUUGCCUGUAAAUUAUGGGAUUCUUGCAGCCCUCCUUUUCCCCCACUCUUGAACAGCUUUGAACCCAUCUGAUGAUUAUUUAAAAUCUGAAAGAGGAAGGGAUCAAGAUGGUGGAUUUGGUAUUAGAUUUCAAUCGUUGUAAAAGAAAGCUAGGUAGUGGGGGGUUCUAUUCCCUCUGAAUUUUUUUUUUUUAAAAAAAAUUGCUUGCUUUA